AUGGAUGUUCACAAUUACGAUCCCACAGCGCAUCUCUGCGAAAUCUUUGACUCUCCCGACACAUUGCUACAAAUUCCAGACGUUUUGUCACAUAUCAAUCGCUACAAAAGUCGGAUCGAUUAUGAAAUUUUAGACCUCAAGAAUCAAUACGACCAGCAAAUAUCAAUCGAUAAUGAGAUCGACACACUAGUGACAAAUAUAAACGACAUCAAGGCAAGCGCAAAGUCAACAGAUGCCACCAUUACUCGAAUGACAAGUUCUAUCCAAAACUUGGAUUGCUACAAACGGAACUUGGUGCUCUCUAUGACCGUGUUUAAAAGAUUACAAAUGUUGAUCAACGUCAACAACGACCUCAAAUCCAUUAUAUCUACACACGAUUACAAGGAGAUAUAUCUGAAACUCGGUGUAAUGAAAGAAUUGUUGGCAUUCUUUCAACCAUAUAAAUCAAUCGACAAGAUCAACCAAAUCAACUUGAUGAUUGUGCAUACUCAAAACAAAUUGGUCGACGAUGUGUUUUUAGACUUUGAAGAUUUUAUGAAGAAUACAAGUGGCGAGAGAAGCGGAGAGAAACAGUCGGUAAACCUCUUAUACGGAGCCCAAGUGUUGGAGUUGAUUGAUCCUAAAUAUAAAAACAAACUAAUUACAUGGUUCAACAAUUUACAAUUGCGAGACCUAAAGAGUAUAUUUAGUCAAUCAAACGACGAAACGGCAUCAAUAGAUGCAAUUGGACGAAGAUUUAUUUAUUUCAACAAGAUUUUGAACCAAGUGCAACAAUACAAGAUGUUUCCCAAAGAUUGGCAUGUGCCAUUAGGAGUAGCUAGUGAAUUUUGUGAAUUGACACGACAAGAUAUUUCCAAUACGUUGCGCAAUAGAAGCUACGACUCCGAAGCGCUUUUAACUGCAUUGACAAAGACGAUUGAAUUUGAAAAAAAUUUGAAUCAAGAAUUUCCUGAGGAAGCCACCGAAUUCAACAUCUCGAAAGUAUUUGAGCCUUAUUUAUCAAUAUGGGUACAAGAGCAAGAUAAGGCAUUACAAGCCAAGUUUCUAGAAUUUGCUGCGACUCCACAACUACCUGAGGAGCUCGCCAAGGAUAUUACUGCUAGUGUGCCCAAUAUUGCCGUCACUUCAACUGAAAUUUUCAAAAUGUAUCAAAAGAUUCUCACUCUGAUCUUGAAAUUAUCGCAUGGCGAAAUUUUAAUUGACUUGGCCAGAGUUUUCAACAAGUAUUUGUUUGAAUACUUGAAUCGAAUCUUGAUGCCUAUGUUGCCUAGAAACGAUGAUGAUAUAGCUGGGGUCGAGGCAAUAAAGUAUUUGACAAUGUUGUUGAAUACUGCUGACUACGUAGUGGGCAACAUUGAGGAGACUAAUGAAAAAUUCCAGUUGGUGAUACUGGAAGAGUAUAAACCGAGAUUACCUAGUUUGAACAGCGAAAUUUUUUUACAGCUAAUUAACAAAAGUAUAUCCGCAUUGCUUGUUAAGUUGACGAAUGAUUACAAAUCAUGUUGGAGAGAAUUUUUCAACACAAACUGGGAGCAGUUGGACUCUGUGAAUGAUGUUUCUUCUUACAUGAUGGAUAUCAAGCGAAUAACUGAAGAUAAUUUGAAAUUAAUCCUACCCUUGAUCAUAAGAGAUAGUUAUGUGCGGAAUUUCAACGACAAGUUGGUUGAACUUCUAGUAACUACAAUAGCUAACAACUUGCGCUUCAUUAAACCAGAGAUGUCCGUUACCGCACUUGAGCAGAUUCUUUUGGAUGUCAUUUCUUUAAAAGACACUUGUUUGAACUUUCCUCAUUUGGCAAGCAAACAAACCUCAAAAUCAUAUACGAAGCACGUGCAGCACCAUUUUCAAGAGCUAGAAUCUAUUCUACGAAUGCUCAUGGUGCCCAACAAACCUGUCGAAAAUUAUAUAGAAAACUAUUUUGAGCUUAUUGGCGGUCGAUCAGUUAGCAACUUUAUCAAAGUCCUCAAUCUCAAAAAGAUUGAUAGAUCAGUGCAAUACAAGUACAUUGAAAACUUUAAAUUGCAGCUCACAAUCGAUAACGACAACAACAACAACGAUAAUCAAAAUGAUGCUGACCAUCCGCACCAUUCUACAAACCUGAUAUUGACGAACCUUGAAGAUGACGAGAUGGUUGCAAAUUCACAACAUCAAACAAAUAAUGCCGCAUCUACAAACUCAAUCUUAAAUUCUAACAAAAGCUCAGUUAAUUCAAACUCCGUGGCCUCAAGGCGUACAACUGCUAGUCCCAUACCAGGAUUGACGUCACCAAAAUUGUUGCCCAAGAUGAACCAAUUUGAAAAAAAUAUUCGUGAAUUGGCAAUCUCGGGCGAAACGCAUGUUAGUAAAUUGAAUGAGAACUUUAAAAACUUUGGAAGGUUUUUCAAAAAAGAAGAUCGCUGA